ACUCGCGUUCUGAAAAUGGCUGAGUCGGAAGAGGAGGUGGAUGUGUUGGUCCAGAGAGUUGUGAAAGACAUCAAUAACGCCUUCAAAAGAAACCCUAACAUCGAUGAGAUCGGGCUCAUUCCCUGCCCGGAGGCCAGAUACAACAGAAGCCCUAUCGUCCUGGUGGAGAAUAAACUGGGAGUGGAGAGCUGGUGUGUCAAGUUUCUUUUGCCCUACGUGCAUAAUAAACUCCUGCUCUUCCGGCAGAGGAAGCAAUGGUUGGACCGGGAAGCACUUGUAGAUAUAACCUGCACGUUGCUUCUCUUAAAUCCAGACUUUACCACUGCUUGGAAUGUCAGGAAAGAGCUCAUGCAGUGUGGCAUGUUAAACCCUGAGAAAGACCUUUACCUGGGCAAACUCGCCCUGACGAAGCAUCCGAAAAGCCCAGAGACGUGGAUCCACAGGCGAUGGGUGUUACAGAGGCUACAGAAGGAGUGUUUUUCCUCUGGAUCAGAACCGAAGGGACAUGCUGAACCCAGGGGAGAUGCUGAGACGAGGAGGCAAAUCGAGCGACUGCAGAGAGCCACGCAGGAGGAGAUGAGAGUCUGCGCAGAUGCAGCCGGCCGUUACCCCAGCAACUACAAUGCCUGGUCCCAUCGCAUCUGGGUGCUGCAAAACAUGGCUAAAGGCAAUCUUAAGAUUUUGCACGAUGAACUGUCCUCCACCAAGCACUGGGUGUCCGUGCACGUGUCCGAUCACAGCGGAUUCCACUACCGUCAAUACCUGCUAAAAACCCUGGCCGGAGAACUGAGCCAAGUCGGAGAGAAGGAUCAGCAGGCCAACGGAGAAGACACGGCAGGCACGUCCAAUGACGGUCACCGUAGCGAUGUCAUCCCUCAGCUCUUCCAUGAAGAGAUUGAGCUCUGCACUGACCUCAUGGAAACGUACCCGGGCCACGAGGCGCUGUGGUGCCACAGGCGUCACGUCUUUUAUCUGUGGCAUCAGUGGAGGAGGGAGCUAGGAGCGCGGUCCCCACCUCUCACCCACACUGACGUCCUCCUUAGCAAGGAGACCUGCGAUGACGUCAGCACCUCCCAGGCCAUGGACAUUGACUGCCUUCUGGACGGGGCCAAACACGGAAGUUACAUGCAGGAUACCAAGCGACUAAAGCGGGGACCGCUGGUUCCCCACCCCGGACUUUCUUCCGAGCACACGUUCAUCUCUAGAAUCCUCACGGACUGCCGAAGCCCUGAGCAAAAUCGCUUUGCAGUCGCCUACAGAAAGUGGCUGGAUUCUGUUAUAGGUCAGUAGCGUGAGAAGUAGUCGGCCCGCCUUCAGGUGGGAGAGCUGUGAUGGGUCAAUUUUAUUUCUGGCUCCGACCACCCACACCGGGCACCCUGGAGCGACUGGAUUCCAUGCCGAGAGAUUCUGCUGGACAAAUUCCCUCUCAUGAUGAAAACCCAUGACCAAAGUGUUUCAGCUAAUUUAGUUCAGGUACUGAAAAUCUCAGGUCAGGUCUUGUGCUCUUUUUCCGAUGGAAAUCUGUGACUAUCUUCAUAUAUGUUUUUGUUGUUUUUAUACUGUUAACAGUCUUCCAUCAUAAAUCAAUUUCAGUGUGUUCUCAUCAUCCAGUCUGCUGUUUUUGUGAUUUCUGUCAGGAGUCUUAAAUGCACGCUGUGGUGCGCACUAAAGAGAGCACUCUGACCCAGUUUCCCUCUUUGUUUAAUUGAGGCCGACCGGAUCUGAAUCCUCCGUACGGCUGCUCUCUCUUAACUUUUGUACAGAAGCAUGGAAGUUUUACUAUGAAUAUCUUAAUGUUUUGCUACAAUUGGUAACAAGAGCACAAUACAGUUUAAAGAAGACCUAAAAACCUAAACUGAUAUUUUAAACCACUUAAAGGGACAGUUCACCCAAAAAUGAAAAUUAUUUAUUCACCCCCAAGCCAGUCUUGAUGUAUACAAUUAUUAUUAUAUACUAACACAAUAUUAUGCAUAUAAUAUUAUAGAGUUAUGUUAGAAACUGUCCUGGCGGUUCCAAGCUUUAUAAUGGUAGUAAAUGGUGCUUCGGAUUUGAAGCCCAAAAAAGUCCAUCAAUCCUUUACAGAUGGAAUCCACAUGGAUCCAGUGGGAUAAUAAAGGCCUUCUAAGGGUGAUCUGAUUUUGUAAGAAUAAUAUCAAUGUUUAAAACUUGAACAAUUAAAAUAACUAGCUAUCGGUAACAACUGAGGUGCGUUUCCAGAUGUGGUGUGUCAUCUUAUUUCCACCACAUCUCGUGUGCUAUGUCAUACGCCGAAAGCGCACUCUCUCGUGAACACAUGUCGGCCAUGUGGAUUAUUUCUGUGAAGGGUGGUUGCACUUUUUUGGGUUUCAAAUCAGAAGCACCAUUUACUUCCAUUAUAAAGCUUGGAACAGCCAGGACAUUUUCUAAUGUUACUUUGAUUGUGUUUGUCUGAAUAAAAGAUAAUCAUAUACAUAGAAAAUGUUGUGGUGGUUCCAAGCUUUAUAAUGGAAGUAAAUGGUGCUUCUGAUAUGAAGCCCAAAAAAAUAAAUAAAGGGCCUUCUGAGGGUAAUCUGAUUUUGUAUUAAAAAUAUCAACAUUUAAAACUUGAUCAAUUAAAAUAACUAGCUAGCGGUAACGGAUGAGAAGCGUUCACGAGAGCGUGCGUUUCCGGUGUAUGACGUAGUGUCUCGUCUUAUCUCUGCCACAUCUCGUGCACUACGUCCUAUGUCAUACUCUGAAAACGCACUCUCUUGUGAACAUGUGUCGGCCAUGUGGAUUAUUUCUGUGAAGGAUGGAUGGACUUUUUUGGGUUUCAAAUCAGAAGCACCAUUUACUUCCAUUAUAAAGCUUGGAACAGCCAGGACAUUUUCUAAUGUUACUUUGAUUGUGUUUAUCUGAAUGAAAGACAAUUAUAUACAUCGAGGAUGGCCAGGGGGUGAGUAAAUCAUGGGGUAAUUUUUAUUUUUGGGUGAACUAUCCCUUUAAACCGUAUUCUGCACAUGAUAAUAAUAAUAUACUGAAUUUCUCUCUUAGAAUGGGGGUCCUGAUCUCAUUCAGGUGAACAGGCUAAUUGUAUUUCUGGAAAAAAUGAUAUAAUUUUGGGACGUUUAAGUCUUCAAGCACAUUCGUCACUCAUUACAGUAACAAAGGGCGAGCAGACGCGAACGAAAGUCCACUUUACAUGAAGCAUUUAAGCACAAAUUUGGCUUCUAGUUCAUCCAGGUGGCCUCACAGAUGCAUGGGUUUUCAUAAUGAAAGGGAAUUGCAGAAACAAACGUGGCUGAAGAAACGAAAGGCCAUCUGGUGCAGAAUGGUGCUUAUUCUCUGCAUCGGAGGACCGGGGAUCUUAAAGGGCCUGGAUUUACAAAUGCUGCUUUUUGUUUAACACUAUUUUGAACUUAAAGUAUAUUUAUGCAAAUGUUGAAAGUGAAAUGUCUGAGCUAAUAAGCUGUUAGAGACAGUUGUGAUCGACUCACUCAGUAAUUAUUAACAUGUAAUAAACUUUGAAGUUUCACAGGCUUCAUCUUGCAUUAACAAAUUCAUUCACUCACAGCUUAUUUAUAUAUGCACAGGUUUUAUGAAACUUCUCCUCUUAAAUAAGAAAAAUGCCUGUACUGUAUAUGCAAACCUAUUUUGGUUAGAUAAACCCAUGUCAGUCUCAGCACAUCUAUAAGGCUUGCAUUCGAUGAGUUUCACUUUAGAAAUAUCUAUUAGUGUCGCUCUUUUGUUUUUUUGCACAAGCAUUAGAUUUAUAAAACUAUUUUAGUGAUUAUAAUUUAAAGCGUCCAUUUAUAAUAUAAUUCUGUCCAGUGUUUCUUUAUCUUUCCAAAAUGCUAAUUCACUGACAGCUUUAUAUCAAUUAUAUCUCCACAUAAAUGCCAAUGUGUGUGCGCAGGUGCUUGUUUUAAGUUAUAUUGUAAGAUUUUAGUAUCGUUUUCUUUUCACAUGCCGUUAAUGAUCAAAACAGAGGCCUGCCAUGAAGACAUAAACCUGGAUGAAUCGAUGUUAAGAGCAAAUAAUCCCUUGUAAAGUUGAUCUUUUGAGGGAUUUGGUCUUUUUUAUGAAUGCGUACAUAUUUAAAAACUGCAAAUAGAUUGGAAAAAGCAGUGGUAAUUUUAUUCCCGAAUCCAUGAUAUGUCGUAUCACCUUUUUGCUGGUCUGUUACGUGUGUAGCGCUUUCAAACUCAUCAUUGUAUUUCAUUAUUUUUCUUUUAUGACCCAUACGUGCAUAGAAGAGAAAAAAUUGCUUUUUGACUCCCUGCGUGUAAUAAAACAUUAUUUGCAUUAAUAAUUUUUCAACUUGUACAAUAUGAAAUGGCUCGUCAUGAUACAUUCAGGUUUAAAUGUGUCUUUGAAUUAAAUUAAGGACGCAGUGUUUUUCUCAUUUGCUAUUUUACUAUAAUGCAUAUCAUCAUAAGGAACUUUCAUCAUCGGUACGUUUAUGCAGUAACAUCUUACAAUCUUAUUAAGCUUUAGCUAGAAAAAAACGAACGUAGCCUUGGAUUUUAUAUCGUUCCCAGAUAUUAUCAACUGUGAUAAGCUUUAGGUUUUUACAGCCAUAACAACCAAUAUUUGUAGCAUCCCACCUCUAAAUGUAUUUUAUAUUUAUUUGUAGUAAAAUAAAAACUGUAUUGUACUUGUUUUUCAUUUGCCUAGCACAUUAAAUAAAGUAUCUCAAACUCA